AUGGGAAUUAUGAUUAGAAAUAAUAAAUUAAUAAAGGGCAUUGUUAUUGAAGAUAAAGAAUAUAAACUACUACAAUAUGCUGAUGAUACAGUUUUAUUAAUGGAUGGUUCAGAAGACUCAAUUAGAUCAGCUUUGUCUUUAGUCAAUCAGUAUUCCAAAUUCUCUGGACUGAAGCCAAAUUAUGAUAAAACUCAAUGUAUUAGGAUUGGAUCUACUGUUCAUACUGAUGAUAACUUGUGUGAUAAAUAUCAAAACUUGAUGUGGUCACAGGAACCAUUUACAGUGUUAGGUAUAGCAUACUGUGUAGAUCUAGACACAAACACUAUGUUUGAUUUGAAUUUUUUGCCAAAGAUUGACUCUGUCAAAAAGCUUAUAUCAUCAUGGUCUAGAAGACAUUUAUCAACGGCAGGUCGUAUAACAGUAGUCAACAUAAACUUACCUCUGAAUCUUUCUACGACGGAGACACCAAUAAAUGUCACCGGAAACUCUACCUUCCAGAACACCACAUCGGGUUGGAGCGCUAGAUGGCAUGACCGGACUCCUGUCAUCCUGUCCGUUUCCACCAUCAGCUUAGUAGCAGUAUUCUCCAAUCUAACCCUGCUCCUAAUCAUUCUCUCCAGGAAAGAGCUCCGCUCCGUUGUCUUGCUUUGGAAUGUUGCCGGAAUGUGCGUCUGCAAUCUAGUUUUUGGUACAAUCACUAAUGCGCUUGGUGACAGCCGCCACAUUUACAAUGAGUGGUUGCAUGGAGCUGUUCUGUGUAAACUAUUUUCUGUGUUCAAACUUUCCUCCACUCACAUCAUGAGCAUGAUCCAGAUCACCAUAGUAACCAGCCUCUUCCUGAAGGUUCGGCAGUCACUCUCUCGCCCAUCUAACAUCACAUCACGAGUCUGGCCCGCAAUUCCAUACUUUCUGUUUGCGUUACCAUGGCUUGUUGAGGUCGCCUUGUUCCCCAUGAUUAUACUUGGAGAAAUGAAGAACCUGCCUGAUUUUGCAAAGAAAUACAGUUCUCUGAUGUGCUAUCAUUUCAUGGAGCGAAAUUAUCGUUACGCCGGAGUGUUCUUGUUCAGUUUGCUUUUCUUUAUUGUUGUCAUCCUCAGUAUUGCUCUUUUCCUGUACUACCGAUUCAAGAAAGCGUCAUAUGAUCGUCUGCUUGCCGAUGACGCGGUGCGUCACGAUGAAACUCUACAUUCAAUGUUGAUUGCGACUCUCGGAUCCUCGACUGUCUUUAGCUUGUUCUUUGCGCCUUACAUACUGAAUAUGCUGAUCAUUAUAACUUGCAGUCGUUCUUGGUGUCGCCCGAGUAUAAAAUCUUUUGACGCUGUAUACGUUUUGGGUUGCGUUUCCUACGCACUCACGCCUAUACCUUGGUUUGCCUACGUCGAUAUUAAGUGCGUUUUCACGGAACUCUUGAAUAAGGUGAAAGGUAAGGUGAGAUCAUCCUUGUCCCAGUGUAGGGGGUGUUGUAGAACGAGGCUGGAAUCCAUCACAGUGGAGUGGUCCCAGAGUCAGUCUGACGUCAUGAAACGGGGAAAAUAGAGACUCUAAAUAUAAACUCAAAUUCUGUAAUUCAAAUCAUUAUCGUAUACAACUUUGAAUAUAUUAUGAAAAACAGUUUUAUUUAUUUGAAUGUAUUUUCCUCAUCACAUGCAUAACAAAUGUGACAAGUGACUAUAUUUGUUAUCAACUUGAUAUCCACUCGGAUCAAUUUUCGAAACUUGCUAUUUUUUUUACAAUGCGUUUGCCAUAAUGACGAUGAAUUAUAAUUAAGUCAUUAUUUAAAAAAAGGUUUAUUUCAUAGUUGUUUAUCUUCAAAUAUACAUGAUAUUGAUGCAAUAAUACUAUACUUGAUACUAUUCUUUAAGAUCUAAUUAUCAA